AACAUUUAUAUUACCAACAAACCCACAAGAAAAUUUGAUUCCAAAUCAAGGAAAAAAUAAGCAAUGAUUGUAGCGAAAAUGGCUCUGUGCUCGUUCCCGUACUUACGGUUACACAGCAUAAAUUCCCGUUUCGACCCCUCCAAUGGCCACAAUCACCACCAAAAUCAUCCCUUCUCAUCCACGAUGCGCAGGCGCCUCAAAACGAGAAAUUCAAAUUUAUUGGAUAUCAAGUGCUGCGCAUCGACUUCCCAGUCCAAGUCCCAACCGCCGCCUCCGCCUUUUGACGAUGAAGGAGAUCAGAGGAAGUUCUCCGACUUGAACAUUCUGUAUCGUAGGUUCUGGAAGGUGGCAGCUCCCUAUUGGAACUCUGACGAUAAGGUUCAAGCUAGGCUCCAGCUGGCCGGUGUUUUCGCUCUCACUCUCGCCACCACCGGCAUCAGCGUCGGCUUCAAUUUCCUUGGCCGCGACUUCUUCAAUGCGCUUGCGAACAAAGACCAGGAACAGUUCACCACGCAACUUGUGUACUAUCUUUGUGGCUUUGCUGUCGGAAUUCCGUUUUUUGUUUUGAGAGAUUAUGCAAGGGAAACUCUUUCUUUACGAUGGAGAUGUUGGAUGACAAGCUAUUUCAUGCAACGGUAUCUCACUGAUCGGACCUUUUACAAAAUUCAAUCUCAGUCCAUUAUUGAUAACCCUGACCAGCGCAUAGUGGAUGAUCUUAGUUCCUUCACCUCUACUGCUCUUUCUUUCUCUUUGACACUCUUCAAUGCCGCUGCCGAUUUGAUAUCCUUCAGCAAUAUCUUGUACACUAUAUAUCCACCCUUAUUUGUUGUACUUAUUCUCUAUUCCAUUGGUGGAACAGCUAUUAGCAUCUUUCUUGGCAAGGGAUUGGUUACUCUUAAUUUCCUUCAAGAGAAGAAAGAAGCUGACUUUCGUUAUGGGCUUGUUCGUGUCCGAGAAAAUGCUGAAUCCAUUGCUUUCUAUGGUGGUGAAGAUAAUGAACUGCAACUUCUGUUGCAACGCUUCACAAGUGCUUUUGAAAAUUUAACUCAAUUGUUGAUAGCUUCCAGAAAUCUUGAGUUUUUCACCAAUGGCUACCGUUACCUCAUUCAAAUUGUUCCUGCUGCUGUUGUUGCUCCAAUGUAUUUCUCUGGAAAAAUUGAGUUUGGUGUCAUUAAUCAGUCUGUAUCAGCUUUUAGUCAUAUCCUUGGGGACGUCUCCUUGGUUGUAUAUCAAUUUCAAGCAAUUAGUGCCUUUUCAGCUGUCAUUGAUAGACUCGGUGAAUUCGAUGAUAUUCUAGAUACCAGCGGAUCGAAAUCUCGCUCUGAACCCGGGGAAUAUAUUAAUCUUACAUAUUGUCAUGUCCAAGGCUCACAAGUUUUGGAUUCUAAUGGAUCCUUACCACCAACCACGCCGCCAAGAUUGCUGGAUGUAGAAAAUUUGACUCUAAAAACACCAAAAACUAACUCUACACUUGUUAUAGACUUAUCAUUCGGGAUCAAUGAGAAAGAUAAUUUGUUGGUUGUAGGACCUAGUGGUAGUGGCAAAACUUCUCUGCUUAGAGCACUGGCUGGUCUUUGGAGUACUGGAAAAGGGAAAAUCACAUUCUAUGUGUAGAAUGGGGGUGAUGCUCAACCACUCACCUCUUCAGAUGCUGCUCCUGUUGAAGAAAAUUCUGAGAAAAAUGUGAAUUUGGAGUUUGGAAGACCCAUAAAUAGUAACUCUAGAAGUGUGUUCUUCCUUCCUCAGAGGCCAUAUAUGGUUUUGGGAUCUCUUCGUCAGCAAUUGCUUUAUCCAACAUGGGCUGAGGAGGCAAGUGUGUUAGAUACCACCAAACCUGGAGGUUCAUUGCCUUUCUUGACACGAGUACGAGACUCCAAAAAUGCGGGUGAAAAGCAUAGUGUCCGUGUUCCUACAACAGAUGAUUUAACCCAGGUUUUAGAAGAUGUUCGCCUUGGUUAUAUCCUGUCUCGCUUCAAAGGUCUUGACACGGUAUAUGAGUGGUCCAGUGUUCUUUCCCUUGGCGAGCAACAACGCCUCGCUUUUGCACGCUUAUUGCUUUCUAAACCAAAGUUGGCCUUGUUGGAUGAAUCCACCAGCGCUUUAGAUGAAGCCAACGAGGCCCAUUUGUAUGAGAAGAUGAAGGCAGCGGGCAUUACAUAUAUCAGUAUCGGCCAUCGUCGUACGUUGUACGCUUAUCAUCAUAGGGUGUUAGAUAUAUCAUCGGCAGAUGCGGAUAACAGACAACGCAAUUGGAACAUUGGAUCCAUUGACCAUGACAAUUUACAUGAAUUCUUGAAGUUAUAGUUGUAGCUGCCCUAAUGGUAGGUCGAAAUGCUGUAAACCGGUUUCUUCCUUAGUCAAAUUGC